AGGUAACUCUUAGUGCAAGAGUAAUCAACCUCAGGCUCAUUCUCGCGCACCACACCUCCCAGCCUUCAUCAUGCGGUGCUUUGGAUCCGCCCGGGUGGCUGCUGCUCAGCCGUUGCAGGGAUGGCAGGAGGGCCGCGCGGGUCUAUGAGAGUGUCUGACAUCCGGAGACCGGCCCAGCUGAAUGGAGAGGUCCAGCUGACGAGUAAUGCGACGAAGGCGCCGGAGGAUGACGAAGCCACUCUCAGAGAGCUCCUUGUAAGUCUGACGAGGCAGGUGAGUGAAAUGAGCCUGAACCUGAGUGCGAAACUGGACGAACUACAAACACGUGGCGUGGUGGGAGAUCAACAACUGGAAACUUCGGUGGCCUUAUCCGAGAUCCGCUCGCAGUUGCAGCAGCUGACCAAGUCGGUCGAGUCCUGUCAGUCGGAAGUGUCGGAGGUGAAGCGAGACAUGGUGGCCAUCAAGAAUGAGCUGGACACGGUGCAGCAGGUCAAGGAGGAGAUCGAGGAGCUCCGAGAGUACGUGGACCGGCUCGCGGAACAGACCCAUCGGCGCAAACUUAGAUUACUUGAACAGGGCCUUACCUUCUUUUUAUCGUAUACCAUCCUUGCGUCUAUGCUGGGUAUGUUCCAAUUUGGAUACAACACAGGAGUCAUAAACGCACCAGAAAAAAACAUCAAAGAUUUCAUGAAAGAUGUGUACAAAAGUAAAUACAGUGAAGAUAUCUCAGAAGAGACGGUGCAGUUUUUGUACUCAUUCGCUGUCUCAAUAUUUGCAAUCGGUGGUAUGAUUGGUGGUUUCAGUGGUGGGUUGAUAGCUAACAAAUUUGGAAGGAAGGGAGGUCUUUUGCUCAAUAGUUUUGUAGGUAUUGCUGGUGCAUCUCUAAUGGGAUUCGCCAAAUUUUUUCACUCCUAUGAAAUGAUUUUUAUUGGUCGUUUUAUAAUUGGAGUAACUUGUGGUUUGAAUACAUCAUUAGUCCCUAUGUACAUUAGUGAAAUAGCACCUUUAAAUUUAAGAGGUGGUUUAGGCACAGUCAACCAGCUUGCCGUAACCACUGGCCUUCUAAUUUCUCAGAUCCUGGGUAUUGAGCAAAUACUUGGUACUGACGAUGGUUGGCCUUUACUAUUAGGUUUAGCAAUUUGUCCGGCUGUUCUCCAAUUAAUCCUGCUCCCCGUUUGUCCUGAGUCUCCUAGGUAUCUAUUAAUUACAAAACAAUGGGAAGAGGAAGCAAGGAAAGCUUUGAGAAGGCUGCGCGCCUCCAAUCAAAUUGAGGAGGACAUCGAAGAAAUGAGAGCUGAACAGAGGGCACAGCAAGCUGAGGCGACGAUAUCCAUGACUCAACUAUUGUGUUCUCGUACUCUCCGACCUCCCUUAAUCAUCGGUGUUGUGAUGCAACUUUCGCAACAAUUGUCAGGAAUCAAUGCGGUGUUUUAUUACUCGACAGGCUUGUUCGUAAGUUCUGGUCUUUCGGAGGAGACAGCAAAAUUCAUGACGCCAGGGAUUGGUGUGAUCAUGGUGACAAUGACGAUUAUUACGAUGCCAUUAAUGGACAGAUUAGGCCGGCGCACACUCCAUCUGUAUGGUCUUGGUGGAAUGUUUAUCUUCUCAAUAUUCAUCACCAUUUCUUUCCUGAUCAAGGAGUUUUUUGGUUUUGUCCAGGAAAUGAUCGACUGGAUGUCGUACCUGUCUGUCAUCUCUACACUCAUGUUUGUCGUAUUCUUUGCUGUCGGACCGGGGUCCAUCCCGUGGAUGAUCACUGCCGAAUUGUUCUCUCAAGGGCCACGGCCAGCAGCUAUGUCGAUAGCGGUUCUUGUCAAUUGGAUCGCUAAUUUCGUUGUUGGAAUCGGUUUCCUACCAAUGAAGACUGCCCUAGAAAACUACACGUUUUUACCAUUUAGCGUUUUUCUGGCCAUCUUUUGGAUUUUCACGUACAAAAAAGUUCCAGAGACUAAAAAUAAAACUUUUGAAGAAAUUUUAGCUUUAUUCAGUAAACCCGGUGACACUCCGCCCACACGAGGGCAGCCCCAAGCAAAUCCUGCGUUUGAGGAGACACCUCUAAAUACAACCAAAGCUUUUACUGGUUCAACAUCAACGUAUAUGUAGAUGAUUUCAACUCCAUCCCUCUGGCUGCGAAGCCUCAAAAGUUCACUCUAAAAUGAAUUCCUUUUAAUUCUCUGACAUUAAGUAUUAUUCCUAUUUAGUGGAAGUCUUUCUCCUGUACACUACUGAAUUCCAAAUGAGACUCAUGUUAAUUUCUGCUAACUUUUGGUGCUAAUACACCAGUGUACAGAGGUUCUAAAAGCACAGGAACUAAUAUCAUAUUGAAUCAAAUAUUUAUUAUAUGUGGGAGGGGACAAACAUGCUCAUCAAUUGUUGUACCAUCCGGGCCUUAUCAUACUUAAAAAAAAACCUAAAAGUUGGGAAAUUUAAAAAUUAUUCUAUCGUAGAAAACACAGAGUAUAUUGAUUGAAAUAUGUGGUACAAAGAGUCUUUUUCCAUGUUUAGAAUUUAAAUAUUGGUUAGUAAUGUAGUAAUGAUCGUACUUUCUGCAAGUAUAACUUAAUAAUAGUAUAAAUUGAAUAGGUAUUUGAAUCAACAUUUUGAGUAAGUAUUAGUCAUGAUCAAAAUUAAAAUAGAUCAAAAAAAGUUAACAGUAUUGAUCUCUCUCCCGGAGUUAUAUCGCCGUUUUAAUUUGUUUUCAUUUAAUUCUCAGUUUUUGCACCUUCAAGUCUGUUUUUGUUUUAUUAAUUUUUUACUCCAUCACAUUUUUGUUAUCCUUUAUUUGCCAGAAAAGAACAACCCAUUUUUGUGUGCCAGUUUUUACGCUUACUUUAAUUUCCAUGUGUUCGUGCUUUUGUUUUUUAAGGAAUUUUUAUUAGUUAUUUUCAGCACUACAUUACCAGCAUCACUUAAAAUGUUUAAAUUAUCACAUUAGGUUUAGAUGGUUCAUUUUCAAGUCAAUAGAAGCUAAUAUUUUAGUGCAACUAUGUACCUUCAUAGCAUCUUGUAUGCAAAAUAAGAAAAAAGCGUUCAAAGCAAAGGAAAACAUGAUAAGUGUGUUACUUCGUUUUUGGUGGCUUUGUUCUGAUACGAAGCACAUAUUUAAAUUUGAAGUUUUCGAAAUUUCCCAUCGUACUAUAUUUUUCAAAAGAAAAAAUCAAGCAGGUAACAUGAUUUUCUCAAGACUUAUGAUUUUCAUUUUCUCAGUGAAGUAGAGUGUGUGAAAACUCUAAGCAAUGAAGUAGAGAUUUUCUUAAAAGGAAAAAAUGAAAAAUGUCGGAAUACUGCUGCUGUGGUGCUUUUUUUUUCAAAAUUUAUAUUUGUGUAAGCUGAAAAAUCCUGAAUAUAAUCCUGCAAAAUGUCGCAAUAAUUUUACAUACAAAAUCUUACAUUAUUUUAUGAUUAAUUAAGUACGUAAAAUGCUCAACAGAGUUUUUAUUUAGACUUAUGUUAACUUCAAUGGAGUAGUACGUUUUCUCUUCAAGAUCAUGUGUAAAAAACGUUUCACAACCACAAAAAGUUUGGAAAUUACCUCCGAAGUGAGAUAUUAACAAAUAUUUUGAAGACAGAUCGAAUGGAAGUUAGAUUCUACAGAUAAUCUCUUUUGUAAAUUUGCCAUUCCCUUAAUGUUAAAUGUAAACACCGAUAUCUUGCUUACAUCUUUCUGACAUCUGUUGUUGUAAAAUUUUGAAGAGAUUACAUGUUACCUCACGAUUUUCGUUUGAAAUGAAUGUCUGUAAGGAUGACAAUAAGAUCAAAAAAAUGCUUUUAAGUCAUUUCUAAAAGAGAGUUAAAAUAACCAACAUCACUCUUGAACAUCCUCAUUCUUCUAAGCAUUCGUGAUAAACAACCCUCCUAGUAUUAGCUCUCUAAGGAUUAACUAUUGCACAAUCUUACGUUUGUUAUUUUUGUUUUAAGUCAAUUUUGUUGCACUCAACGAACAUAUCCAUUCCAUUGCCUGGUGGCUAUGAUUUUGUUUUAUAUUUUCCACUUUUCGUUGCAAAUAAAUAUGCGUUCUUUUGUAACAUCA